CGCAGCUAGUAAAAACAUACAAAAACUUCUACACGCGACUCUUCACAGCUUAUCUACCCUUUUGAAAUUGUUUACAACGUUGAAGUGACUUUGAAAAGCCUUACCACCAGCAGUUAUGGCGCUAGCUAGAAGGGGAUUUCUCCUUGCAAAAGGAUACAUCAAAGAAAUCUCACAUGGAAAUCGAAUUAGCAGCGUGAGUAGAUGCUUCUCAUCAGCCACAACUGCACAACAGCCUUACCAACGACGAGAGCUAGAGCGUCAUGAGGUGGACAUGUUCGAUCGAGAUGGCUUCCUAGUCUUAACAGAUUUUCUAAAUUCAUCAGAAAAAUCUCGCAUAGUGGAGUGGGGAGACGAGAUCCAAGGCUGGCCAGAAACUGCUGGUAAAUGGUUUUCAUAUUAUGAAACAAUCAAUGGCAAAAAGACGUUGUGUCGCACCGAGAACUUUUUUCCUUAUCACGACGGAAUGAGAACAUUAAUAGAAACCCGUCUGGUCAAUGCUAUCUCUGACUUAUUCAAUGAACCGGCUUGUCUGUUCAAGGAGAAAGUUAACUACAAACUCCCAAACGGUGGGGCGUUUCCUCCUCAUCAAGAUGCUCCGGCUUACGUUACUUUUAAUCAACGCCUACAUAUAACAGCUAUGAUUGCAAUCGACCCCAUGACAAUAGAAAACGGAUGUCUAGAUGUAGUUGCUGGUCGUCACAAGGAAGGAGUUAUCCCACAAGAUGAAAGUGGCAACAUUCAACCCAGUCUUGUGGAAAAGAUGACAUGGCAGCCCAUUGAGUGUGAUGCAGGAACGGUGAUGUUUUUUAAUGCUUUCGCGCCUCAUAGAUCAGAUAAAAAUAAAACAGAUAAAGCACGCCGCAUAUUUUAUCUUACAUUUAAUGCUGUUGCUGAUGGAGGAUACAAGAGAGAUGCUUAUUACACAGACAAAAGGGUCAUGUUCCCUCCAGAGAUUGAAAGGGUCCCGGGUAGAGAUUAUUCAGAGGGUGCAAAGGUAUACAAUUUAGCCACACCCAUAACGAACAAGAAAACAACGUAACACAAAGACUUACUGUUAGGAAAACUUUUAGAAUCUUUUUUGACGAUAUUAAUGACAAUAAAUUCUUUUCUCUUUUUUUUUGCUUCUUUUUUUUUAUUUUUUGCAAAAAUAAAAAGUAUGGUAUCUUAUAACUUGUAGAACAUUUCCUUAUCAAAGCAAAACUGUAAAAAGCGUAGAUUUUAUAUUAAUUUUGUUUUGCCGAAUUUUAUAUAGAUGUCAGAGAAUAGCAUUGAGAGUAUUGGAAGUUUUUUCUUAUGUUGAAGUUUCUUUGUAAGAAUAAUAAACUACAAUCAAGAAUAUAAUGCAAUUGAACAGCAUGAUUUUUA